GUAUUAACAACCCUAAUAUAGUCCUAACUUCCUAAACAAACAAUCCCUGUCCUCCUUCACUCCCCACAUUUACGCCAAGGCCAUGAAGCGCCUCCUCUCCCGAAGUCGUCAACUCCGGCGGCUAUCUUCCUCCGCCGCCGCAGUCGCAUCCCCAUCUCCUUCCCCUUUUCCAUCCUCCGGACCUAACGCCAUGGUCUACGACCAUCUCGCCGAAUCCGUCAAAUCCAAGCUCGGACGCCUUGAAAACCCCGACCCCCGAUUCCUCACCCACAACUCUCCUCACCCUACCUUAGCAGACCACACUUCCAUCCUCACUGCACCCGCUACCAAAAUAACUACUCUUCCCAAUGGUCUCCGAGUCGCCACCGAGUCUCAACUCGCUUCUCGUACUGCCACUGUUGGGGUUUGGAUCGAUGCUGGUUCUCGAUUCGAAAGUGAGGAGACUAAUGGAACUGCUCAUUUUUUGGAGCAUAUGAUAUUUAAAGGGACUGAGAGAAGAUCUGCUAGACAACUAGAAGAGGAGAUUGAGAAUAUGGGUGGUCAUUUGAAUGCUUAUACUUCUCGAGAACAGACGACUUAUUUUGCUAAGGUUAUGGAUUCGCAUGUCAAUAAGGCUUUGGAUAUUUUGUCUGAUAUUUUGCAGAAUUCUACCUUUGAGGAAUCACGAAUUAAUCGUGAGCGUGAUGUUAUUUUGCGUGAAAUGGAGGAGGUUGAAGGUCAGACUGAGGAAGUGAUAUUUGAUCAUUUACAUGCUACAGCUUUCCAGUAUACUCCUUUGGGUAGGACCAUUCUUGGACCUGCUGAGAAUAUAAAGACGAUAACAAAAUCUCAUCUCCAGAACUAUAUAGCCACACACUAUACAGCUCCAAGGAUGGUCAUUGCUGCCUCUGGGGCUGUUAAACAUGAGGAAAUUGUAGAGCAAGUAAAAAAAUAUUUUACCAAGUUGUCAACUGAUCCGACCUCUGCUGCUCAAUUAGUUGCAAAGGAAACAGCUACUUUCACUGGUUCAGAGGUUAGAAUGAUUGACGAUGAUAUUCCAUUGGCACAAUUUUCUGUUGCCUUUAAUGGAGUUUCAUACACAGAUCCAGAUUCAAUUGCUUUGAUGGUUAUGCAAUCAAUGUUAGGUUCCUGGAAUAAACAUUCUGGUGGUGGGAAGCAUAUGGGAUCCGAGCUUGCUCAACGGGUUGGGAUUAAUGAAAUUGCUGAAAGCAUGAUGGCAUUUAACACUAACUACAAGGAUACUGGUUUAUUUGGUGUCUAUGCUGUAGCAAAGCCUGAUUGUUUGGAUGAUUUGGCAUGGGCAAUUAUGCAUGAAAUUAGCAAGUUGUGUUAUCGUGUUUCAGAAGCUGAUGUAACUCGUGCUUGUAAUCAGUUGAAGUCAUCACUGCUACUACACGUUGAUGGAACAAGCCCAGUUGCUGAAGAUAUCGGACGCCAGUUACUUACUUAUGGCCGGAGGAUCCCAUUUGCGGAGUUUUUUGCUAGGAUUGAUGCUGUAGAUGCAAACACCGUGAAACGUGUUGCUAAUCGCAUUAUUUAUGACAGGGAUGUUGCUAUUGCUGCCAUGGGCCCUGUCAAGAAGUUGCCUGAUUACAACUGGUUCAGACGCAGGACCUACUGGAACCGUUAUUAGGUGGUUAGGCUUACCUUAUUUUUUUGGUUUGUUUUCUUCCAAAGGGCGAGGUUCUGCAAGAAAGGUCUUGAAAAGCCGUCGCCAUUCAACUCGUUCUGACCAUUGCAGUUUUGUAGCGUUACUUCCAGUCGUUUUAAGGUUUUUUGUAUCAUUGUUUCCUGAUUCAAAUAAAGUGGUAUUUAUUUGUAGUGCCCUAGUGAGGUGCUAUAAUUUUAGCUGAGAAAUCCAUGAAUGCCCAUCCAAAUUUAAAACUUGUAUAAUAUUAUCACUUAUUAGAUAGAAGUAAGUUUUAAUGUUAAUUUUGAUGAGAUUUGCUUCGUUA